AUGGAAAGCGAGAUGGAGACAGUGAAGAAAAGGGUGGGAUACCACAUACAGAGAAAGGUCAUGGAUGAAUGUGAAGUUGAUGAAAUUGCAGAAAAAUCAAACGUCCAAACAUCACUGACAAAAACAUUUAAGGAGUCACUAAGGUGUUCUGGUCCUCGCGUGAAGAAUUGCUUUCUGUCCUGUAUUCCUCUGCUGGCAUGGCUGCCACGAUACCCACUUCGAGAAAAUGCUUUUGGGGACAUUGUCUCAGGAAUCAGUGUGGGAAUUAUGCACCUGCCCCAAGGUAUGGCAUAUGCCCUGCUAGCUGCUGUCCCACCUGUAUACGGCCUCUACUCAUCAUUCUACCCAAUCCUGAUCUACUUCAUCUUUGGAAGUUCAAAGCACAUCUCAGUAGGUACUUAUGCAGUUAUGAGUGUGAUGAUCGGCAGUGUAACAGAACGUCUGGCUCCGGAUUCAGAUUUCAUGUUUUUGGGUAACAGCACGCAUAAUGAAAGCCUAAUUGACACUGUAGCCCGUGACAACGAGAGGGUCAAGAUUGCUGCUACGGUCACCUUCUUGUCUGGAAUUUUCCAGUUGGUCCUAGGCCUGGUGCAGUUUGGCUUUGUGGUGACUUAUCUCUCAGAGCCGCUGGUUCGAGGUUAUACUACUGCAGCAGCUAUUCAUGUCAUUGUUUCUCAGCUCAAAUAUACAUUUGGACUCAACACCACACGCUACAGUGGACCUCUGUCUCUUAUAUAUACGGUGUUGGAUGUGUGUUCAUUAUUACCUAAGACAGAGAUUGGAACACUGGUUGUAAGCAUCGUAACCAUUAUUGGUUUGGUCCUUGCCAAGGAAGUGAAUUCAUUGCUGUCACGCAAACUUCCCAUUCCUAUACCAGUUGAGCUUAUUGCUAUUAUUAUAGCCACUGUGGUGUCAUGGAAGUUUGAUUUUAAGACUAUUUACGAUGUAGAUGUUGUAGGCACAAUACCAUCAGGUCUUAAGGCUCCAGUAUUACCUGUAUCCUCCAUUAUGAUCUCUGUAAUUGGUGACGCAUUUGCUCUGGCUGUUGUGGGAUACGGAAUCGCCAUCUCUCUAGGCAGAAUCUUGGCGCUUAAGUAUGGCUACAAAGUCGACAGCAACCAGGAACUAAUAGCACUGGGGCUGAGCAACUCGAUUGGUGGAGUGUUCCAGUGUUUUGCCAUCAGCUGCUCCAUGUCGCGCACUAUGGUCCAAGUUAGCACCGGUGGAAAGACUCAGGUCGCAGGGGCUAUAUCAGCAUUAGUUAUACUUGUGAUCACCUUAAAGAUUGGAGAACUAUUUGAAGAACUGCCUAAGGCAGUGUUGGCUGCUAUUAUUCAUGUAAAUCUUCAUGGAAUGUUGAAGCAGUUUGCAGACAUCCCAUCUCUUUGGAGGAGCAACAAAGUGGACAUGCUUGUGUGGCUGAUGACCUUCAUCUUAACUUUGCUGUUAAAUCCUGAUUUGGGUUUGGCGGCCUCCAUCAUCUUUUCCAUUCUGACAGUCAUAUUCAGGACACAACUACCUAGGUAUUCUCUGCUCGGUCGGAUACCUGGCACCGACAUCUACAAACCAGUGGAGGAGUAUAAUCAGGUUACACAGAUUCCUGGUCUUGUGAUUUUCCGAUGCUCUGCAACUCUGUACUUUGCUAAUGCUGAGAUGUACACUGAGCACCUCUAUAAGAAGAGUGGAGUAGAUGUACCUAAACUACUUUCACUGAAGAAGAAAUUGGAGGCAAAGAGACUCAGGAAAGAGAAGAAAGAGGCAAAGCAAGCUAAGAAACUAGCAAAGAAACAAGCAAAGGUAAAAACGUAAACACUUAAUAACUAAUGGCUUGUGCAGUGCAUAAAUGAAUCAGAGAACCUGAACUUCCUUUCUUGUCCAGAUGGGGGAACAGAAAUUCCUGACAUGGAGAAAAAAUACGAGGUGGCAGUGGUUGCUGGACCUGAGCUUGACCUACAUCUUGACCCAAGUCUUCCCAAAGCUAUAAUCCUCGACCUGAGCCCUGUGAAUUUCCUGGACACAGUGGGAGUAAAAACAUUACAAAAUAUCCACAAGGACUUUGGAGAUGCUGGAAUUGACGUUUUCUUAUCAGCCUGUCAGACUUGUGUUAUUGAGAGUUUGGAGAAGGGUAAUUUCUUCAAAAACAAAGUUACCAAAGCCAUUCUUUUUUCCACUGUACAUGAUGCUGUUCUGCACUGCCAGCAGGAAACCACACAGGAGUUCGGGUAUGGAACACAUUUCUGAAGCCAAAUUUGUAUACUUGGAGCAACUGAGAUGUACUGUACCAUCCUUUUCUUUAAUU